GGUAAAUGGACAUUGUAAUAGAUAGAUUAAGCACUUUUUCAAUGCCGCUAUUUAUGAUAAAAAUAUAAUGAACCAUUAUAAAAGCCAAACAAAUGAUUUAACUUUUGUUUUUCUCUUAAAUUUCUUUUCAAUGAAUAACGAUCAACAAAAUUCAGAGGAUGCUUCAAGCUGUAUAUUUUUCAAUAUAUCUCGUGAAGCAUUUCCGGCAUUAAUCUGUUCCUGCACUGCAUGUUUAGCCUCUCUUUCUGAACAGGCUAGCACCGCCAGCGUUACUGUCUCUCUUUCUCCUGGAAAUGAAGAAAGUACUGCAUCAUCUUAUCCACAAAGUAACACAGCUGAUUACUUUGAUACUCAAUCAGAGAGUUUCUUUAGCGAUUACACUCAGGAUUCCCUUUAUGAAUACACACAGGUAGACAAUGUAUUUGCUGCACAGAAUGAGAUGAUUAAACCUUUUGAGUUGACAACCAGAGCAAAUGAAAUAUUGCUUUGCGGUGUAAAGACAAAGGACCUACAAAUCGCCAUUGUAGAAAUAUGGUGUAGGUCUGGUCUGAAUAACAACUCAAGAAGACUACUUUAUAUGGCAUGGUAUAAUUGGGUAAUGUUAGACAUCGCAAGAAGGUUAAACGAACUAUACCGAAGAAACAAUGGAUACAGAUUGGUUAAUGAACUAAAGCAGGAACUCUCCAGAAGGAUCCACUUUGAUUCGGAAUUGGAUCAACAUCCACUUUUUAAUGUGAACCGUAGAACACGGCUUGUUUACUUGGCAAACAACUUUGGGGACUCUAUCUGUGCUCUGUCUGAGUUUACAGAUUUUAUACAAGUUAUGGAGAUGAACGAUCUUGAAUUUGAUCAUCUUUACAUUAACUUAUUGAAAAGAAGAGAUGAAUUAUCUGACAGAUUAAAUAUUGUUUCCGGGUUCUUUGUCUCAAAUAGACCUAUGGGAUAUUCUUCACCUAGAACUUCUUAAAGUUUCCCCUUUUAUUUGCAAGAUGCAUUCAUUGUCAUAAACACGUUUUAUAUCAAAAAAUAAACAGCCAUGAUUUUACUUUGACCUAGUAGAUACAAACUUUAGGACAUUCCGUAGUAUCCAAUCGUCAGCAAUCGCUAGAAGCGUCUUUCCUUGCAGGAUCAAAGUUUUGUUUGAUAAUAGAGAUACCUACAUCAUUUAUUUGAAUCGCGCCCAGAAAGUACAUUAUUUGGGAGUCUUUUCCUUCCAAAGCUGUACAAUCAAGAUUGACAACAUUUUUUC